CUCGAUCUGAUUGAACUUACAGCGUGCUAUGUCCGAUACGUCGACAAGCUUCAGGAAUGAAUACUUAACCACUAAGCUUAGAUAUUCUCUCAUUGUCCCUCUUAUAAGUGGCCUAUAAAUAUCCGGACUCCGGAAGAUAUCAAUCUCAAUUCCAAUAUUAGACACCUACAUUGCAUUUUCAUUUCCGAGGAUCAAACUCAAAAAGCUAGAUAAGGUCAGAGAGAUGCCUCCUCACGGUGGCGGGGGUCCAGGCGGCGGUGGCGGUGGUGGGGGUUUUGGACCUUUCGGCUGCUUAGGCGGCCUUCUACAAUCUUGUGCUUAUUUCCUGUGCUGCUGCUGCCUACUGGAGAACUGCUGUGGACCAAUGUUUGGUGGUGGUGGUGGUGGUGGUCCUGGUGGUGGUGGUGGUGGUGGUCCUCACGGUGGUGGUGGCGGUGGUUUUGGUGGUGGAGGUGGUGGUUUUGGUGGUGGAGGUGGUGGUCGUGGUGGUGGAGGUGGUGGUCGUGGUGGUGGUGGUGGUGGGCGUUUCUGAUCAUCAGAUCAUCUGCUUUUGGAUCUGCUGGUUGUGCUCAAAUACAUGCAUGCAUGAUGUAAUAAUUAAGUUAACUAGCUAGCAAGUGAGAUAUUGGCAUUUUGCUGCUGUUUUUAGCAAACUUGCAACUCCGACGAGUCUAGCCAAAUUCAUGUAUUUCAUUUUAAUUUCCCAUCUGUCUAAAUUUCUUUCCUUAA